AAUGCCUCAUGAUUUGUAUACAUUCAUGUUCUUAGGUAUAUGGAUUUUUUUUCGUGCGUGUAUUAAUAGGAGGUAUAUGGUACCGUUAUGUGGGAUGUAUUUUUUCAAUACUAUCUAAUUUAAACAAAAUGGUAAUGAUGUGUUUAAGGAGAAUAAUUCAUAGUUCACAUAUUAGACCAAAUAUCUCAUGCAUAUCCAUAAAUUUCACAUACCCACAGUUGUCUCGUGGCUGAAACAUUUCCGCUUUUAUUAUCAGAUACCUAUUAGAAAACUAUGGUAUAAAAAUGCAAUGCGUUUUUUUGUCACUUUAGAAAAGCAUUCCAAGGAAUCGAAUACCCACAAAUAUUUUAAAAUAUUGUGGGUAUGUCAUAUCCAAUGCAUUUUACAUUAUAAAAGUAAAUAAGUGUGACAUAUUUAAAAUAUAUAAAGAACAGUUGCCAUAUUUAAAAUAUAAAAAAAAUGAUAUAACAAGAAAACUAGCAAAACUAUCGACAUGCCUAGAAAUUAUUAAACAACACAAUAAAUAAAAAAUGAUAUGACCAUCAGUUCUUUAUACACAGUAGAGAGUAUGUGAUACGUACGAUGAAUAUAUCAUACAAAAAUGGCUAUCUAGUAAUUAGGAUAUAACGUCCAUUUUUUGCGGGAAUAGAAUAUAACGUCCAUACAAAAACUUGUGACUCAAUGUAAAUAUUUUUAAAAUUGAAGGUAUCAUAUACCCACAGAUGUUUAAGACAUUUAAGAAAAUUACAGGUAUUAUAUACCCACAGUAUGAGACCAGACAUAUGUAGGUAUUUUUUUUCAUCGAGCCCAACAUCAUGUAUAUCUCCAUCAGUUCUUCAUAGAUAGUGGAGAGUAUGUCACACCUACGUAUAUCCUUUGAGCCCAAUGUACCAUGUAUCUCCAUCAGUUCUCCAUACGUAUGCCCUUUGAUUUUGUAUAUUUCUUUGGUAUAUCAUUUCCAUCUACCAUACCUUGGUUAUAUCAAGCAUGUCGUCUCUAUUAAGGUAUAUAUAUUUAUUUUGGACAGAAUCAAAGGACGAUCAUGCAUGCAAGGGAAGUUAUGGAUGGAUGUAUUGUUUGGAAACAAAUGCAUGCAUGCUAGUAUCACAUAUGGAAAAUCUUGCAUGCAAAAUUUAAUGAGUUUGAAUCCACGAGGCAUUAAUGAAAAACCAGCUAGGUGCCCCAAACAUUUUACACACAUAUAUAGAGAGACACACACACGCCUAUAUACAGAUCCUCCCGAAAAAAAACCCACACCCCGAUCCAACCGGCGACGCGGCCGCUCCCCGCGCCCAACCGGCGCUGCCGCCGCUCCCCGCGCCCAACCGGCGGCGACGCGCUGCACCCCCGCCUCCAACCAGAAAAGCGGCCGCAACUCUUCUCCAAAUCUGGGCGCCAUCGUCCUGCACACGCUGCCGCGCACGACGGCACCACCUACCGGUCGUCGCCGUCCCCCUCGAUCAGCCCUGGCGACGGCCCCGCCGCAGCCACCGAGCGCCGGCCUCCCCCAUCUCCUUCCAUCUUCCUCUACGCCUGAUGGACGCCAUGGCAGGGGUCGUGAGCUCGCCGGAUUCCUUGCCCCUAUUGCCGGCGCCACCACCCACCGCCGGCGCCGUAGCAUCCAGGCCGUUCAACUUCUCCGCCUCAGGCCGUGCACGUCCGCCUGUGUGAGCGCCUGCCACACCUUGCAACUUUCUCCGCUUCGAGGAGCCAUGCACAGUUUGUGUACCUGUAGGCCCCAGCACCUGUCGUCGUCAUCCCAACUUAGCCCCAUGUCGUGUGCCAAAUCCUGUAGCUGACCAUGAAGCGCUUCUCGGGGUCCUUAUCAUUUGAAUCGGUGGUUGUUGCUGCUAGUUGACUGCGGCAUGAUGAAGGCCAAGGUGGGCUCCCGCGCCGGCAACUCCAGGUUCAUGUAUUUACUAAAGACGGCAUGAGGAGGCCGAGCUUUUGCACCACAGUCAACGCGACGUCCCGGCCGGCGGGAGCUAGAGGCAUGCACAUCCUCUUCCGCCUUAUAUGCCAUCCAGCAGCCCUCUGUCACCGCGUCCGUCCCUCCUUCCUCCCCUGCUUGCUGUCCUAAGCAGUGGAGGACGCAGCUACCUGAGGGAGCGAAGCCCGGCCUCCUAGCACCCGCAGUCGCACUGCACCCUGCAAAAAGUAAAUAAAUCGCAAGUUCAGAAUAAAAAAACCGAGAAGUUCAAGAACAACCUUUACUGCCUUAUGUUGUUUGCCAACAAUCUUCAGUUUCUUCAGUAGCUCGUGCACAUAUUGCCUAAGCUAGUAUGUUCAGAAUCUUAAAUUGGUAGGUGACCUACAGGGCUAACCAUGUUGAUGGUGAUUGAAGAAGGAUUCCUAUAAUAUUAUUAUUGAGAUUGAAGGCCAACUUUUAUGCACCAUGUGGGAGGAUCCCAGGAAUUGUUCUUAACCAGUCGAUGGAUUUCGAGAGAUGCGUUCAUAUCUCACAAGUUUCCAGGGGUUCAAGCUCAUUUAUAUAAGGAAUGCCAAAGGUUCAACAGCAGCACACUGCUGGUGAAAAAUCUCUGAACAUGCAGUGCAAUCAUGGAAAAAGCUUGCAUCUUUGUCACUUAACCACUGUUAAUCUCUUUUUACAGUUUUUGUUAUGCAUUCUUCACUGAGUACUACCACUAAACAUAUCCACGGGAGAUCCAUGCUAUGGUACAGAUUUGUGAAAUUACUUUGUACUCAUUAGUACUAUUUCAUUGUGGGUAAUGGACGCAUGACCUUAUCUAUCAACCAUUUAUUUUUUCACU